UCUCUCCCUCUCUCCCUCUCUCCCUCUCUCCCUCUCCCCUCCAUCUCUCCCUUUCUCAAAAAAAAAAAAGUCAUUGAAAUUUGAAAAGGUGACACAGAGAUGUAAAUGGUUGUUGUAUUAAGGUGACGGUUGUUUUUCCCCUGUAUAUCCUUUAUGUAUUAAGAAUCAUACUCCCUCCCACAGAAAAAGAUCAGUAAGGCCUCCAUACUUGUACUUAACUGUUUAUACAGUAGAUAGAGUGGGAGACUUUUUUUGUUUAUUUAUUUAUUUUGAAAGAGAGACAGAGACAGAGAGAAAGAGAAUGUGAGCAGGAGAGAGGCAGAGAGGGAGAGAGAGAAUCACAAUCAGGCUCUAUGCUAACCGCUUGGGUCUUGAUCUCACUGAUGGUGAGAUCAUUACCUGAGCCAAAAUCAAGAGUCAGACCCUUAACCAACUGAACCACCCAGGUGCCCCUAGAGUGGGAGACUUUUUGUUCGUUGCUCACUGUUUGUAUCUGUUCCAGCUUCCUUUCAGCUGAGGCAUGAUACUCUGCCAUCCUUCUAAAAUUUCUUUGCAGCUUUCAAAUGCAAGAACCACUUGGCCACAACAGUAGGGCCUUGAAUGUGGAGCUUUCCCAAGGGAGUUGGCUCUAAAUUAACAUUUCAUGCCACGUACAGAGUUACUCUGCUCCUCUUGUGUGAUGAGUUGCCCUGAAGCCAGGAGAGGUGGCACAUUAAUAAGAGGCAGGAAAGGGUGAUAGUGAUCUAGGGGGAGCUCAGAUCAGAUCAUGAGUAACGGUCUCUGUUCUGAUGUACCAUAGUCUCCCCUUAUCUGCAGUUUUGCUUUUCUUGGUUUCUCUUACGUGCAGUCAACUGGGGCGUGGAUGCAGAUGAUCCCUUUCCUGAUGUUAGAAGGUCAGUAGUAGCCUAACGCUACAUCACUGUGCCUCAGUCACUCACCUUACUUCAUCUCAUCAUGUAGGCAUUUUAUCAUCUCACAUCGUCACAAGAAAGGUGCCUAUUGGAAUUUAUAUUCAUCCACCUUUUUUUAAUGUAAGGAGGGAAAAUGACUGCUGGUUCAGUGUGUGUCCCUCAGAUCAUACCACUGCGAGUGCCUCCACCUGGAAAAGCCAACCAUGAAAUUGAUAACAAUACACUUUUAGAAAUGAAAUCAGACACCCCAGAUGUCAACAUAUAUUAUACACUGGAUGGCAGCAAACCUGAAUUUCUGAAGAGAAUCGGUUAUCGUGAAAACAAUACAUUUAAGUAUACGAAGCCUAUUACUCUGCCUGAUGGAAAAAUACAAGUUAAAGCUAUUGCAGUCUCUAAGGACUGCAGACAGAGUGGCAUUGUAACAAAGGUGUUUCAGGUGGGCUAUGAGCCACCAAAUACAGUGUCUUCUGAAGACAAUGUUGAAAAUAUUCUCAAAGAUUCUUCAAAGCAGGAAUUGAAAAAUGGGUUUGUUGGGUCAAAACUACGGAAGAAAUGUAAGAAUGCUGAAAAUAAACAGGGUUGGAAUGUUAAUCUUAGAAAGUCUCCAAGUAUGACAUGGCGGGACGAAGACCUUGAGGUAGGUGAAAGAACUGACUCUAAAACAUGGAAAGAUCUUCGUUUCUCAGAGAGUCCACUGGAAAUCCCACCUUACCAUGAAGAAUCAGGUUCUAGACCACCCACCCGCCAGUCUCAGUUCCCUAGUUUUGCACACAUAACUGGCCAGAAGAGUUUGACAAGCACAGAGAUCAUGAGAAUUCAAAGACAGACAGACUUUCUCAAGUGUGCCCACUGCCUGGCCCCCCGCCCAUCUGACCCCUUUGCUCGCUUCUGUCAAGAAUGUGGCUCUCCUGUCCCGCCCAUAUUUGGCUGUCGUCUCCCACCCCCAGAAGGAGCUCAGAUGGGCUUAUGUGCAGAGUGUGGAAACAUGGUGCCCAUGAACACUCCCAUCUGUGUGGUGUGUGAGGCCUCUCUUACUCUACAGCUGCAGCCACAGGCCAGCCUCCGCUUGAAGGAGAAAAUAAUCUGCCGCACCUGUGGCACAGGGAAUCCAGCUCACCUGAAAUACUGUGUCACCUGUGAGGGGGCCCUGCUGUCAUCACAGGAGAGGGGGAUUGCAGAAUCUAGUAUUGAUCUGCCUAUUGAUAAAUGCCAUUGCAUUCAGCAGCCCAUGCGCAGUGGAGAUAAAGCCCCUCCUCCCCCCACUCAGAAAGGGGAGACCAUUUCCUGCUCCAAGUGUGGUCGCAGGAAUCGCCCGGAAGCUUGCUUCUGUGACUGGUGUGGAGCCACGCCAGGCAUUUCUGCCUGCUACUCUGUUUGCCCCAAAUGUGGGGCCAGCAAUCACCCAUCUGCCCGAUUCUGUGGUUCCUGUGGUAUUUAUGUGAAGUCCGUGGCAAGACUGAGCAUGGAUAACAGCCUGGCUCUUGCCGCUGGAGAACUUCGCCCUUUUGCUGAGCCCCGAUCUGCCUGGCAGUCCCUAAAUGUUCCUUUGCUCAGACCUGAGGCUGGGACUCGGAAGGACGUGGGCACACAGACUACUGGCCUAUUCUACCCAUCUGGUGCACUACUAGCCAAAAAGGAACUGGAAAUGGCUUCUCAAAAGCAGAGGCAGGAGAAAAUGAGUGACCAUAAACCUCUCCUCACAGCUGUCAGCCCAGGAAGAGGGUACUGGAGAAAACAGUUGGAUCAUAUCUCUGCUCACCUCAGGUCUUAUGCUCAGAACAACCCUGAGUUCAGGGCUUUGAUUGCAGAACCCAGAAUGGGAAAGCUUAUCUCUGCUACUGUCCAUGAAGAUGGCUAUGAAGUUAGCAUCCAGCUGAAUUACAUUCAAGUAUCAAACAAGGUGAGGAACCUGAGGUUCAGAGAAAUUAAGCAACUUGCUUCUUCCAAGGUCCCUAAACUAAACCUUUACCUCAGCAAGGCUGUGGAUUUCAGCAGCCACUUCCUGAGCAGUGUCACUGAGGGUGGUAAUGGGCCAUUUGGCAGCAGGUCCAGCCUGGUGAGCAACUACAGCCAGAGCACCUCCGAUACCACUGAAAACGUCAAGAGGACAAAGAAUUUCAAGACCAAAACAUUUCAAGAAAAGGAGCAGCUCACACCUGAAAACAGGCUCCUGCUGAAGGAAGUGGGACCGACAGGGGAAGGAAGAGUCUCUGUGAUUGAACAGCUGCUUGAUGAGGGAGCAGAUCCCAACUGCAGGGACAGUGAGGAGCGACCCCUUAUAACCAUGGCUGUUGUGAAUAAGCACCACGAAGCGAUUCCGGUUCUUGUGCAGAGAGGAGCAGACACCGAGCAGCGGUGGGGACCGCUCCGAAAUACAGCUCUUCAUGAAGCGACCCUCCUUGGCCUGGCGGGAAGGGAGUGCGUCGCUGCUUUACUGCGAUGCAAUGCAGGCAUCCAAAAGAAGAACACGAAUGGCCAGACGGCAUAUGACCUGGCUCUGAAAACUGGGGAUGAGGUCAUCACCUCACUCUUUGCUGCUAAGCUCGGCCUGGAUGACUCUUAGACCCAAGAGCCUGCGCGGGACCUGAUUUCAAGAAACCAUCCAGCUCUAGCUGUUCUUUGUUUCUUUCUGAGAUGUGUUAUUUGUGGUUUGGAAAUUGAGGUUGAGAGGAACGCAUAAGAUUUUUUUUUUUUUUUAAUAUGACAGUGUAAGCCGCCAUGUGGGCAUUUCCCAAUAUGCUCUGGAUGGUGACGAAUUUAACAUAUGUUUUUUAAAGGGUCUGUUGCUGCUUAUUUUGGAAUUUUCUUUAAAAUUUAUUUUUCAAUAGAUAAUUGCACAUGGUUCAAAGCUAAACAGUAUGAAGUGUUAAGUAGUAAAAACUCUGCCAUCCCUGUCCCACAGCCACCCACGUCCCCUCCUCAGAGGCUCCAAUGAUACCAGUGUCAUCUGCGUCUUUCCAGAAAUAGUAGAGGAUUAUAUAAGCACAUGUGCGUAAUAUAUGCAUAUGUACAUAUAGGGUAUGUAUAAAAUACAAAUACAGAGAACAGAUAUAUUCUUUCUCCUCUUUUAAGACAAGUACUAGCAAACUACACACCCGUCUGAUGUUUUACAUCUUGUUCUAUUCCUUAAUAUCUCUUGUAGGUGGUUCCAAAUUAGUACAUUAAGAUUAACUUUAUCCAAAGACUUUCAUUUCUAAUGUGAAAUAUUCCUAUUGUUGUGGUUUGUUCUCCGGUUGACAAACAAGCUUUGAAUAAGCCCAUGUGCAGAAAUGUGCAAUUUUGACUCACUCAUUUUUUCAGACUGUUAUUUCAGUCUUUGGGUGAUAACGCUGCAGUCGUGGAGUCCCUAAAUAGUUCCUGUUAAACUAUGUUGACAGAGUAUCUGUUAGUUUAGAAUGAGUAAUUCAGCACAAUAAAUAAUAGACCUGG